UUGUGAUCGACAUCCCUUGUUUUGUGUCGAAGGAUUAUUUGGAAACAAGUCACUGAAAACGGUGAGACGUUAGAAGUGCCAUGGCACGUACCAAGCAGACCGCCCGUAAAUCCACCGGAGGCAAAGCCCCGAGAAAGCAGCUGGCCACCAAGGCGGCCCGUAAGAGUGCGCCCUCCACCGGUGGUGUGAAGAAACCGCACAGAUACCGUCCGGGUACUGUGGCCCUGCGUGAGAUCCGGCGGUACCAAAAGUCCACGGAGUUGCUGAUCCGGAAGCUUCCAUUCCAGCGCCUGGUUCGAGAAAUCGCUCAAGACUUCAAAACAGACCUGCGUUUCCAGAGUGCUGCUAUUGGUGCCCUACAGGAGGCCAGUGAGGCGUACUUGGUGGGUUUGUUUGAAGACACCAACCUGUGCGCCAUCCACGCCAAGCGCGUCACCAUCAUGCCCAAGGACAUACAGCUGGCACGGCGAAUCAGAGGGGAGCGUGCUUAGAAACCACGCCCCCAUUGUAUUACUCCAACCUUUUUCCCGUCUCUGGGGAGGGUGGGAGGGGGUAGGGGCUGGGGUCUUUAAAAUCUCAACUACAAAUGCUUGUGUUGUAGUUUUUAAUUUUUUGUAAUGUUUUGUGGUAGUUAAGAGGGGAAUGUGGGUUGGGGGGACAGUGUGUGGUUCUUCAGUGCUAACAGUAGGGGGAGAAUUUCACCAGAACAUUCCGCGGGAGAAUCCACUCAGGGGUUUUAAAAGUUUGUAUUUUAGACUUUUUUUAUUUUAUUUUUUUCCCUUGGUAUAUAAGUCUAUACCUCUGGCUCUGUGCUGUAGUCUGCAUGCUACUCAGUCAAAUUAGAACUUGUCAUUUAUUACUAUUAUAAUUUUCCCUCUUCCAUCGUGGCCAUUUUGGUUGUAAAUAAACUUUCCACUACCUCA